AUUUUGAUCGCGAGAGCUGGUAACCUGAGUCCCAAGGUGCAAGCACAAAAACUUCUCCCGGGUCCCCCGAUGACAGUUCCAAAACAAUCAACCAGCGAAAUUGGAACCUCGUGAACUUAUGGCCAUGGCAAGCGAUCGCGUCCUAGUGGCUGUGGAUGAGAGUCUACUUGCUGAAUUUCCCAAGGACGGCAAGGUGGUCGAGGUCACUUCUCUUGGACUGAGCGACUGGUGCGACACUACACAGUACAAUGUUCAGCUUCCAGAUGGAAGUAUCCGACGAUUUUUUGAAAAGAAAGCAAGAGGUGAUGGAGGCUUAGAACAGAUUCGAGCACAUUGGCAUUCCGAGAGCAGCGUAUACAAGUUCAUUCCCGAAUACAUCCCUCGGCCAGUCGCAUUCGGGGAGUACGCAUCUCAGCCGAAGACGUAUUUCCUCCUGCUGGAGUUCGAGGACAUGAUAGACGAUGACGUCCCACCUCCAGAGACUUAUAUGGCGGUUCCAAGUGCGCUUCAUCUCCGCAGUGCAGGGAAAUCUCCCACCGGAAAGUUUGGAUUCUCAGUGAAUACCCGUUUCGGCAACUUGACACAACCCAAUGGCUGGGAAUCUUCCUGGGAAGUAUGGUGGACUACUCAUAUGAGAUUCCUGUUGGAAAGGGAAAGAGUGAUCCGUGGCGCCUACGCCGCUGAAGAUGAGACUACAUUGAACUUCUUUCUGGAUACAGUGCUUCCUCGAUACUUACGCCCCUUGGAGACGGGAGGUCGCUGUAUCAAGCCAACACUCUGCCACACAGAUCUUUGGCCUGGAAACGUCAAGUUCAAGCUGGACAAUGAAACCGUCAUUGUAUACGACGCAAACGCCCUAUGGGCCCAUAACGAAAUCGAGCUGGCCCCAUUCCGCAACCCAAGAUAUCCACUCGGAAAGGCAUACUUUCGAGAGUACUGGAAGCAUGUGCCAAUUUCCGAACCUGAGGAAGAUGCCGACAGCCGCAUAAUCAUCUACUUGAUCCGCCAGCAGGUCUGCCUAGCCAGCCUAUACCCCAAUGAGCUGAAGCUGAGAGAUGCAUUCCUCAGCAAUAUGUGUCUUCUAGGUGAUAGGGUUAGAGACGAGAGCGAAGAAAGUAAAAAUGUUGAGAGAGCCCAGGUUUACUUUGAGCCCCAUAUUCCUGCACCUGUUCCAGUUGGUUUGGUUUAGUCAAUGUUAUGUAUUUGAGAAAUAAAUGUUUGAGGGACUUGAACUGGUGAAGCGCGUUGCCAAAAUUCCAAAGAGAUGUGAUUAAUUUUCAGAUUGCC